AGAGGGGGCAACUGUAGUUGUGGAGCACUUGGCAGAAUGUUUUGUGCCAUUCCGUGAAUGUGUGUGUGUAUGCGUGCUCGCGCGUGUGUGACCUUCCUCACUGAACCACCCACAACCGAGUGACCGAGGACAGCAGCGCAGGGAAGGGAUUAGAGUGAAGGGCAAAAAUAAAAGUUCCAACCAACCAGGAUUAGCGUGCGACAAUUGUGCUGGCCGUGUAUUACUACUUCACGCAGCUAAAAAACAACCGCCACAAACGCUUACUCGCAGUGAAGUGAGGGGAAGGGAGAGCGUUGGCCAGCGUGUUAUCAGCGCGGCGUAUCAACUCCAACGGUUUCCGAGUGAUGGUGAAGUGGACAAAGAACGAACGAAAAGGGCAGUCGGCCCAAGUCUGUGAGACUGGCGUAGAGAAAGUGAGCAUCGUUUCAUCUGAGUUAGUGAAUCUGCUUAAAAAACAUCAAAGUGACGUCCGGCGUAGACGAUAAGGGACGGGUUCUCGGAACCGAUUCCAAGUCGUCCCGUGUUGGGGCGAAAUUGACCGUUAAUCAACCACCGGCAGUGAAAGUGCUAGAAAAACAAAAAAGAAAGAAACGAAGAAAAUAGCACCGCAUUUCGGGUCCACCUUGCUCGUUGCUCGACUGGGGGAGAAUCGUUGUAAAAUAAAUUCCAGUCGCGUUCCAACCCCGUGAACAAGGGCCCGUGUCAUCGUGUUGCCGGUAGCAACCGUGUCACCGAGUGUGCCCGCACCUUGCGAGCAAUCCCAGCAAACCGUUGUUGUGUGAUCCAAGUGUCAAGUGAGCAGCUUAAAAAGGGAUCACCCCACCAAGCACAAACAACCCACCCACGGUCCCUACGGAAAACAAUCUUCUUCGGGUUCCCGGGUGGCCAGGGAACAAGUGGGUGAAUCUUCGGCGUGGCGAAAAGUGUAAAGUGAGCAAGUGAGGAGAGAUUUGUGCAAACACCGGUAGCAAACCGGGGCCGGAAGGAGCUUCCGCUCGGGCGGAAAUUAGCAAAACCACAGCAGAAACGGUGGCCGAUGACUCGAGUCGCAGCUAGGACAGCCCAUCGGAAGUGCAAAUGCAACACCAUGAACGCAAAUUUGCCGCUUAUUGCAGCGUUUAUCAAUUUUAUCGUCAUUUGUUUCGCAGACACGCUCAGCCCCGAGAUGCAAAUGUACUGGGAAAACCACAUGGUGCAGCCGUACUUCGAUAACACGACCAAGCGCGAAGUGACGGCCAUCGCUGGACAGACCUGCCAGCUGCAUUGCCGUGUAAAGAGCCUCGGCGACCGGGCGGUAUCGUGGAUUCGCAAGCGAGAUCUACACAUACUGACGGUGGGCAUUCUCACCUACACCAACGACCAGCGCUUCCAGUCGCUGCACACCGAUGGCAGCGACGAGUGGACGCUGCGGAUAACGUCCCCCCAGGCCCGGGACUCGGGCGUGUACGAGUGUCAGGUGUCAACCGAGCCGAAGAUCAGUCAAGCAUUCCGCGUGAACGUUGUCGUCUCGAAAGCGAACAUCCUGGGCAACUCGGAACUGUUCGUGAAGAGCGGCAGCGACAUCAACCUGACCUGCGAGGCGCUCCAAUCGCCGCAACCGCCGUCCUUCAUUUACUGGUACAAGGGCGGCCGUGUGAUCAACUACUCACAGCGUGGCGGCAUUAGCGUGCUGACCGAGCAGCAGACCCGCACCAGCCGGCUGGUCAUAUCGCGCGCCUCCCCGUCCGACUCCGGGAAUUAUACCUGCGCGCCGAGUAACUCCGAUUCGGCCAGCGUGGUGGUGCACGUCAUCAAAGGAGAGCAUCCGGCCGCGAUGCAACACGGAAUAAAUGGCGCUAACGUGGCACAUUCAUCAACAUAUAUAGUUAUGGCGAUCAUAUCGGCCUGUUUCCAGCUUCUUCUGCUCGUUCGGAGGCCAACGCAGUGGAGGGCGGCGGUUCCGGAGUGGCCGGUUGGGCGAUAGAUAAGCUACGGGAAAUGCGAAACCAUCUACAAAGUAUUCAGUAACAUCAAGCGACAGCCAACCCUCGUCAGGGCUUGCCUCCUCAUUAACCCUCCUCCUACGAUUAGACACCGGGGUGGUGGGUGGGCGGUGGCAGGAGUGUCAGCUCCAAAACGGUCCCUUCAGUGCCAACGAACGAACGAACGAACGAAGGAUGGUGUUUGUGUCGGCAUCUCUCUACCGUAACACUGGAAUCCAUCUCUUCAUCCGCAUACGUCAAACGACAGCCCUCUAAGUACACGCAUAACGGGAAAGGAGGGCAGAAGGAAGGGAGGUUCCAAAGCAUCGAAUGAAUGAAUCAACGAACGUGAUGACAAACCACGUUGGGAAAAGCAGCGGGCAGGGGCUCAGCUGUACUUGCAGGUGAGUCCCCCUUACGAGGACUUCCGGUUGUAGUUGGCGGGAUCUCGUUCGGGUGAAAGCAAAAAAAGAAAAAAAGAGCGACCCUAAACACUGUGGCCACAGAGCGUCAUCGAAUCGAGGCGUGGAGAUAACUAAAUUCCACCGUGUCAAAGCUGAGAUAAUAUCCUUCGCGCAAGUAACACACAAACACACCUGCCAUCGCGCAUUCUCUCCGUUGGCUGCAGCUGAGGAGAAUAUAGUGUAUGUGUGUGUGUGUGGGUCCUCGACGACAGCGCACCUAAGUCUCAGCAGGAGGCAGCAGCAUCACCAGCAGCGAUGAUGAAAGCAUCCUUUUCGCCUGCAGACCUGAUAAAAAGAUAAACAUGAAAAGAAAACAACACCUGAAGAGACGACCCCGUACCUAAGCGCACUGAAUAUGACAUACUGACACUCCGGUUCCGUUGCGUUGUGUCCUUGUUGGUCCUCUGUACCUUUGCGUUGGUAAAAACUCGCCCGACUUCGCAACAUCUUCAAGGACGCCAAAGUCGUCCUUUCAGCGCUGUAUCUGUACUGCCCCCACGAGCUCCUCGAUCACGUACGUACGUACGAGUGUUGUGGCUGUUGUUUUAUCCCGCUCGUAGCCUACUAGUCGGGGAUUUGCCCGAGAGAGAAGCGCACCGUAUGCACCAUCACCAUCGCAAGUUGACACGAAUUGCGGGAAGAUUUGCUGCCGAGCUUACACACGUGUUGUGGUGCAUGUGUCGCGCAAACGAGACGCAUACGCGCGGUACUUUGUAUGGGAGCUUUGCUGAUUUCACUGCUGAGACAUUGCCGGUGUGCUGUCGUGUGGCCGUACACUCGACGUAGUUAAGGAUGUUGUGCCCUUUCUAUCAUUCUUUCUCCCUUACACACACACACACACACACACACACAUAGAGACGGACAGACGUUGGAGCUCGAGUCGAAAACUUUAUCAUACACCGUGUAUGACGAAAGCUUUGGGGAGUUCGCCAAAUUCGCCGACGACUUCGAAAAUCCUUCCUGGAGCGGCACCACGCGGUGCGGUGUGAAAGUUUUCCCACCUAAUGGGUAUUUCGCUUACUCCCCAAUCUCGCUGUGUGUGUGUGUGUGUGCGGGUAUGAGUAUGGCUGCUAUUCUGCGGGAUAGCUUAACAUAACAUUAACAACACAAAUCCUUCUGCCCAACAACCGGGAGCCCAACACCUUGGGGAGGAAAACGCUUCGAGUGCAGUUUGGUGGGAUAAAAUUGUACAAAGUUAAAAUAAGGAUCGAUAAAUUUAAAUCAAACCCCCGCUAACUUUUUACAUCACUCACACGAGCGAAAGUUGGCCGGUUCGGUUCAAACGAGAACGGCGAAAGGCGGGGUGCGUUCUCGCGUGCCCUCCGACUCGCCCAUUCUCUCCCUAUCUACAAUGAAUCAAACCCAGGAGUGCAAAUAUUGUGCUCCCACAUGUGGGUUUUUUUUUCGCCCAGCUCGCCGCCUCGUUGAGUGAGAAAGUGCAGGAAAAAUAAGUAAAAUAAAUAACAUCUUUCCAAAUGCUCCCGCUGCCGGUUGGAGGGAAAGCGUUUGAAAUCGGCUUACCUGAGGGCGCAACAACACACCGCGAAUCGGAGAACAGCGCGAAUAAAUCAUGGACAAUGGGCCGAGUGAGCACCAAGACCCCCCCCCGUCCUCUGUCCCCUAAGCGUAUGUGUUAUUUACCCAACCCGGGUAACGCACCGCGCAAGCAGCUUUCGCGAAAGUCCAUAAUAAAAGUCGUAACAAAAGACGCAAUCGCUCGGAAGUUUUCCCUCGGUACCCAAUACUUGGAGCUAAGGCAAGAGCGGCCCAGACCAGGCGCACCUGGAAAAAAGGGUGCCCGGUGGGUUCGGAACUUUCAUCGAAAAACAGAGGGUCGCUCUACAUUCGAAUUCAGCGAAAUUGGUCGCACUGCGGUUGCCGUGAAAAGCGCUUUUCUUCUCCCAACUGGAGAAAGCUCAUUCAAAGAAAGGGUAAGAAAAAAAAGAGAGCAGAAAAUCGGUCACAAAAGGCAGUUUGCACGAAUUGUUCUUUCCCUUUCCUUUUUGCCAUCGAGUAAGGGUCCACAUCGAGAGUGACAUUGCUCAUCAUUCAUCAGCUUUCGCCUGUUGUUUGCCGUGGCCAACCUUACCUCCUCUCCUCCCCCCUCUUUAUCCCAUCCAUUUCCAAAAAACCACUGUAAAUAACGAUGUAAAUAUCAAAAAACCCUACACAUGCCACCACAAGCACCCGGUGACACCCUGGAAAGAAGGCCUACUCUGAUCAGAGAAGCAGCAGAGUAGCAAGAAACACGUGUAGUAAGACAGGGCCGCUCAGUCAGCACAGGGCAAAAACGAAACAAAAUACAGUCAAACAGGAAUGCUAUGGCAACCAAAGCAGCCCCCCUCCCCCUCCACCCCCUCCGGCUGCGAUGGUGGCGUGGCACUUUUAUAUGGUGAAAAAUAUGAAACAUAAUAGUCAAUACUGAGAAAAACGGGGAAAAAGCGGGGAAAAAGAAAGAAGAAUUUAACGCAGAAGAAACACAAAAAAAGCAAAUAGCAAAUGAGAUGGAAGUGUGUAAAGUGGGGAAUGUUUUAAGUACUAUUAGGUUGAAUAAAUGAAUAAAAUGAGAAAAUUGAUAAAUACCGUAACGAUCUGGA